AUGCUAGAUUAUGCUCGCACUUCCGCCCCGAGCGCCUUUUCUCUGCUGGUGCUCUCACAGCGUCUUGUUCUGCAAACGGAACGGCACAACCUGCAUGACGAUUUCCAACGUGUCGCGCGCCAGACGCCCUGGAAUACAACUUCUGCCUCGAGCACGAGCGGCUCGACGGUGCAGCAGCGCCCCUUCUUGACAUUGAUAACUGCAUCAUCCUCUUCCCAGCUGUGCCCGGACGACCUUUCUGACGGUCCGGUCCUGCGCAUCGCUACACUCGGCGCCCGUAUCGCGAGUCCAGCCGUGACAGCCGUAGAAAUCCUGCUGUGCGUUCUGCGCAAAAGGUUCGCCUGA